AUGUUGCGACUCGCAAACUUUUAUCUCAUUUUUCUACUUCCAGAAGUUUAUUCGAGAAAUAACGCGGUUUGUAAGAAAAAGGGACAUUCAGAAGCAAAAUGAACCUUACAACAGACUUAUAAUGUGUGCGACUUUUUCCCAAAGCCCUUUUCACAUCCUAAUGUUACCUUCGUUUUUCCUGAAAUCUUCAAUGAUACGGUAAAAAAAAAUCAUUUUUUUAUAUAUUCGUGUAUUUUCAGCGUAUGAACAGAGCUUUUAGAUGCAUGCUGAAGUCUGAAAGAAUCGUCAAAAACGUUUAUCAAAAAGGUGUUUCCUACUUUAGGUAUUAAAACAAUUUCCAAUAAUUCAGACGGAUGUUUUCCCUCUCCUUCUCCAAGUAUUUCGCAAGUUACAAGAAUGGUGAUAGUCACCGAAGACGAAGUGAAUCCAAAUGAAUGCUUUUUCAAAUCAAUUAUUGCUGAUGAAAAUAGUGAGUUUCCUCAUUUACGCUGAAUUUUUUAACUGAGUAAAGUUCGACGAAGGACGGUCAUUUGGACAAUGCGAGCCUCUGACAGAGUUUACCAUCCCCACGGAGAUUAUAAAACUUUGCAAGAGGUUCUCAUGAUCAAUAUAACCCUACCAAAAAGUCACAUCGAAGGUUCUUAUUGGAAUUUUGGGUGAAAAAGAAAAACCCUGAAUUUCAGGCUACAUCGAGGUGCUUUUGCAAAGUCUAGACUUCGUGGAUUUGUGGGAGAACCCGCUCAACUCCUUCGAACCCAUCGAUCCUCCACUAUUUGAUGAUUUGCCUUUGUUUUUUUCUGAAUUGUUUCUCAAAUCCACAUGUUAUUUUCAGCGUCGACCCAGCUGGAGUGUCCUCGGCAAUCGUUCUGUUUCUGUGGCUGGCCUUGCUGUUGGUCAUGCUCAACUACAUUCUCCAAUGCGCUGCCGAUGCGGGUAUCCACUAUUUAUUAAUGAUAUUUUCAUGAAACCUUUCAGAUUUUCAAUUUCGCAACGUUGAUUGA